GCGUCAUAUGGCUGAAGGGUACAAGUAGAGUAGAAAGGGAAUAGUUCAAAUCUGGACUCGAGAACAGAGAAAGGAACUUUUAAAGGAAGAACAGAGUUCAACUGGAGAAUGAUGAAUAGGAUAUUGGCAGUGCUCAUGCUUCUGAGCAUCUUUGCGGCUAGAGCUCGAAUAAGAGGAGGAGAUCAAACCAUCUUUGUGGGCCCUAACUUAAUACAACAGAGUCAAGCUUCUAUGUCUGAUGAACUGGAGAGUAAACUCACAGAUUUUAAAGCUCAAACUUUUAUAGAGGGAAGUGACGUAAUUUUAAAGUGUGACAGUCCUAAAGUCAAAUGGAACGAACUCCUUUAUUUAAUUUGGAACAUCAGCUUGCAAAGCAAAAAAUGUUGGCUUGGCAUUGACUCGUCUAUUCAAAACUCCACUUGUAAUGAUGGAAAGAAGCUGCUCAACUCUUCAGAUGGAAUUUCCUUAUUCAUUCCAAAGAUUUCAAAAGAGGAUGAAGGAUCUUACUUAUGUGAUCUAUCAUAUAAAGGCGGUGGCUAUGGACAAAAAGUAAAUCUUAGUGUUAAUCUCUUUACCAGCUGGCUGAAGGUUAUUAAUGGCCAAAGGGUUGCCAACUGUCAAGCCAAAUAUGAACAAUCUAAACCCACUCUUGAAUGGGAACCUGCUUUUAAAUUUUCAUCCAAUAUUAGUUAUACCAGGAACAGUGAUAUGUCUUUUAUUGUGGAGAAUCGAGUGUAUUUGCCGGAUAAUGUUACCGUCAGUAACCUCACCUGUGUGGCCACAUAUCCCCCCAGAGCAACACAGCAGAUGCUUACAAAUGCAGACAUUAUUACCUUGGCGGUUGCUUCCAUUUGUUUUAUUCUUGCAUGUGUGGCUGUGGUUCACAUACACAGGAAGCUAAACAACUCAAGUGCAUUGAAGGUAAUGUGUUGCAAAGCACCAGCUGAAGAAAAAGCACAUCAGUGUGGGAAGCAAAGUGAAAACAUACACCUUUCUGAGUUCUUGUCAUUGCAAAGGAAAGAUCAGGUAUACCCCCAUAUAUCACCAUUUAUCACACAGAUACUCCUGCAGGAACUAAAACUGGAUGGUAUCAACGUCUUUAAAAAAAAAAAUUAUAAAAUCUCUUGUGAUUUCUCAAAAACGUUGACAGUGAAACCUUUUAUUCAAACUAAUUUAGAUCUUAGUUUUACUAUUUACUCUAGCAUCUAGUGUAAAAAACAAACUGCUCACUCCAGUGAUAUUUCAUAGUAGUGUAAGCAUGAAAAGCAUGCUGUUCACUCUAGUGGUCAUUUAAGUAAACUAACAUCAGUACAUGCCAAGGAGAUGGCUUUGAAAAAUGAUACAUGUAAAUGCAUGGAUGGUACCCACUGUGACAAAUUACAUAUAUAAUAUAGUGUAGCACGAUGAAGGACCAGCACUGCAUUGAUUUAUUGCUUUAUAUGACUCUGCUACCUGGGGCGUAGCACAGAAUCUGUGCAAAGGCAAUGUGUGGGGCCCCUACAGAUGUCAAUUAAGUAAAUUGUUAUAUUUAUUUAUAAUACAGCACUGAAUCUCAUUUCUGUAUGAAUUUGAUACUUAAAUAUUAAUAGGUCACCUUAGUAUCCCCUUAAACAUGAAUUGACAGUUAAACUAUAUUUAAUUUGAAUUGUUUCAUUAAUAGAGACACUGUGCAGUGUAGUCCAAAACAUUACACACUGUAUUUAUGAUACCCACAGUAAACGUGUGUAAUGGAAGAAUAGGCUAGUGCAGCAUAAAUGGUAGUAAUAAUGCCACUUCAUGACUAUAGCUGAGACUGCCAAUUAAUAUUUCUUAAAAAGUUGAAUGCCAAGUCAAGAAAAAAUGGCUCCCCUCUUAUUAAUUUUUAUUAAAAAUAAAAAGGCCUAAAUACACUAGCACAUGUUUUUAUUACUUACAUAUUUAUUGACCUUUUUAACUUCAGCAUGUUAUUAUUUUAAUUGAAUGUUUAUAUAUUAUUAGGGAUAAAUCGAACAUGUCAGCCUCAACGUCGUACAUAUCCAAAGUUUACCUCAACACGCAGAUAAAAACAAAAAAUGCAAGAUGUUUGUCCCUUCAUGCAUUCUGUAGUCCGGUGUAACUUACAUUGUUUUCAAGUGAUUGUUUAAAUGUAGCAACCUGCCCUGUAUAUUCAGUUUUUUCCUAUCAGGAACAAAAACAACACAUUUCCAACACAAAUACUAAAAACAAACUACCCAAAUACUACUUUAUCGGAUCAAGCACUAGCUGUAAAGUGUUUUGUACUUCAUCUACCUGUCGAUGAGACUAUCCAUCAUCUGCUGUGAAUGGAGUCAGUGAACACAGACUGUGAGCUGGAAAUGGGAAACCCGUAGCGGAAUACACGGAUCUCUAGCUGAGUGAUAACAGAAUGCUUUCAGCAGGGAUGUGAGUCCAUUCCACUUCACUCAUACAGCCUAUUGUGCAGUUCGCUGUUGCAUGCGUGCUGUGCUCGUGUGAGGCAUUUACAGAGACGUCUGCCGAAGCUUCUCAAAAUUAGCAGAGAACAGAGAAGUUGCACAGACGUGUAGCAUAUGUGCACAAUUGUAAAAUAAUAAUAAUAAUAAUUUCAGGGAAAUUCAAGGCCCCUCAUAUGCCAGGGCCCUAUGCACACAAUCACCCUUUCCCCCCACUUGCGACCUGGUAGGAACCCGGACACAGUCACUGCUGAAGCCGUACCAGGCAUUCUCGUAUUACAGCAAAAGAAAGCAGUUUCACCUUGUUGGCUCUCUUAAUUCACUAUAUGGGUUACAUGCUGAUGUCUUUAUCCUUAUUUUGCAUAGAUAACAGUUUUUGAGUGUUCUUCUAUUUUUUUCUUUAAUACAGCGCAGUGUAUCCAUCCGGGAAAUAACCUGUGUACACUACCAUCUACUAAAAGAAGAUAGGAUUUGUCUAGAUUAAACUCAAUUUAGUUGGCAACACUGUGUGUUGGCACUCGACUGCCAAUGUUUUGCUCUUCAGCUGUCUGUGCCGCCGGUCUUGUGACUAAAAGUAUGAAAAGACAGCUGGUCCUGGUGGAGGCAAACAAUUCAACCAAUGAUUUUACUAAACCAUGUUAUUCACAAAAACAUCAGGACAUUUGAUUAAAUGUUGUAUUAAUUAAAUAAACUUUUUUUUUG